AUGACAACAAUACGUGCCUUGCUCUGUGUCAUACUAUUUGUCCAAUUCUUGCCCAUAUUUGCUGAUAAUAUCGUGUCGAUUCCGGCACAUUAUACUUAUUGUCUUCCCCCAGAAUUCACGGGCAACGUCAGCGGCGGCUUCGUGGACACGGAAACUUCCCGUCCUGAUAUAACAAAGCUCCUUUGGUCUGCAUUCAAAGCCCCUUUCAUUUCCUAUGACCCAGAAUUUGCAUCAAUUCUUGGUCCAAAUCCUGAGUUGGAACUCCUGGCCGGACCCUUUGGCCUGGAUGUUGCCAUCGAGGCUGGGGUUUAUGUGAAAGCAACAAAUUCUGUUUGGUUUACUGGUCUGGGUCGUGGUCAGCGGGGACGGGGACAUGUGGUUAUGGCAAUAAACUUGACAAACAACGCAAUUUACAAGCCUAAAUAUGACCAGAUCAUUCUUCAGCCCAAUGGUGGAACAUACGACACUGGAAAUGUGUAUAUGGCAUACUGGGGCAACAAAACCUUCGCCGGUGGCAUCCUUGCUAUUAGUGCUGUCACAGGGAGAUCAGAAAGAAUGCUAGAUAGCUAUUUUGGUCUGCGCCUUAACGGGCCUAAUGACAUUGUGUGGGCCCAACGAGGUGACCGCCGCAUAAUGUACUUCACAGAUACCAAUUUCCCCUAUUUGCUCAACUAUACUGGACCAAACGACCUCCCGAAUGCUGUAUGGCGCUUUGACAAUGAAACCGAGUCCUUAAUGCCUGUAAUUGGCCGCGCUGAUAUCCCAGACCCAAAUGGUGUUGCUGUCAACAGGGAAUCUACCAAGCUGUACGUGACGGAUACACCAGUCUCCUACCUCAGGGGAGCCGGGCCGGGGGAAACGACCGGAUCUGCGGCAAUCUAUGUGUUCGACCUGAACGAAGACUUGAUUCCAUUAACAGGUAUUUAUUUGGGUUCUCCAGGGCAACAGCACCUGAUAGGAUGA